AUGAUACCAAGCUUUGUUCAAGAUUGGCAGCAAACCAAACAACGGGUACGACUGGUGGAAAAGGAUACGAUAGAUGCAUCCUCGUUUAAUCUUAUGGGUAAUAGUUUAAAUGAUCCUAUCUAUCAUCAUGACCAUCUACCUACGACAGGAACAGAACUCCCACCUGGUUGGCAUUUGGCGUAUUUCCCUCCUCGGUGCCCUGAACAGGACCUAUCCAAGGAUGGAUAUGAACAAGAUUGGAAACCUCCUUCUCCUUUUGAUCAUAGAAUGUGGGCUGGUGGUAAACUACGAUGGAAUCAAAAGAACAGGUUACGUGUAGGUCAAGACGUUACCAUGACAUCUCAGUUGAAACGACUCGAUUGGCAUCCUGGAGGUCAACGUGGAGAUACUCUUUUCACUUGGGUAGAUAAAACAAUAGGGAACAAAGAUGGUUGGGCCGUUGUAGAAACAAGAUGUUGGGCUUUUGUCAAGGAUCAACCCGAUAAGCCAUUGGAAAAGAAGAAACAAAAACAAAUAUUGAAUCAAAAUAUCCUUGAUCAUCCUGAUUUCACCUUUUCAUGGACACCAUCACCUAUCAUGCUUUUCCGUUUCUCAGCUUUGACCUUCAAUUCUCAUUUGAUUCAUUAUGAUCAACAAUAUUCAAAAGAAGUGGAACGUCAACAAGAUUGCCUCGUUCAUGGUCCUUUGUCACUUACUUGGAUGCUAGACAGCCUUCAUCGACAUCUUAAAAAAGUGGAUACAAACAAGUAUAUUGAAUCGUUGGAAUAUCGAUGUUAUCGACCAUUGAUAGUACGUCAACCAUUGGUGGUGGCUGGAAAACAACAAGCAGAAAACCCUGGUGAUUUCGACCUCUGGGUGCUGGAUGCUCAAGGAAAUGUGGCCGUACAUGGUGUAGCCUCUGUUGGUUUCUCAAUGUAG